AUGCCUGCUAGACGCACGACAUCUCAAACGAACACGAAAGUUUCUAAUCGGAAGAAAAAGAAAGUUGUUAUAAAGAAAGGCAAGGGUAAGCAGGCGAAGGUGAUUCCAACCGAGCCUAAAGCUGCAUCUAUACUCGCAAAGAAAUAUCCCGAUAAAUAUUGGCAAUGCCAUGCACAGAGUGGACAUGAGAUGAUAAACUACAUAAAUGAAGACCAUCCUCUUGAGCUCGUGGGCGUAGACGUUCAUGAUCACGGUCCUAUUACUGGUAUGAUUUUGUCGCCUGACGGUACGAUGCUCGCUACUUUCUGUAAUGUUGGGACUACCAAAAUAUGGGAUACCAGUGAUUUCAAGUUAAUCCAGAAGCUAAGGGAUGAAGAAGAGACAAACAUAGAUGAGUUUUUCGUUGGCAGAUUUACUCCCGAUCAUACCAAGAUUGUUGUUGCUGGGAAGCUGAAGGAUAGGACGCGUUGGUCAUAUGAAGACGACGAUAACCACAUACUCCCGUGUCCAUUAAAGAUAUUCGACUGUAUAAGUGGAAGGGUCAUCGCUAAAUUAGAAGGUCAUGCAGAGGAAGUACUCUUUAUCAAGAGCGUAGUAUUCAAAGGAGAAUCAUAUUAUAUAUCGACUAGUCAAGAUGGAUAUAUUUACAGAUGGAAGAUGCAGGAUGACUGGACAACAUUAAUCGAGUCUAAACCGAUGGAAGAUGGUAUCACGUGUAUGGCAUUCACAGUAUCCUUUGUGCCGAAUACUGGCAACAAGUAUUUCUUGGCGGCUACUGAUGAACACAUUAGAUUAUAUGAUUUUGAAGAGGCACAAUUGCUACAAACUUUCUCAGAUAUGUACUCCCAAUAUUGUGAUUGCGGUAAAUUUAUUCACCCUGUCGUACCAUUAGAGGAGAAGCCUGAAGAAUUUGUGGAUACUGAAGGUGCUAAUGGACAUACAUCUAAACGAACUCGUCAAAGGAAAUUUGCAUAUUUUAUAUCACGUGGGGUGGAGAUUCUUGAUUCGGAUGACGGUACCGUUGCUUUAAGACCCAAUUCGUGCAUUUUGCACAAGUUGAUAUAUCCGUUGAAAAAGGGAGAUCCAUUCACGCUCAAAGAAGUUAGACGGUAUCAACAUAAAGAAUACCAGUCAAACUCGUGGUUGAUCAAGAUCACAUCAAACGGUCGUUAUAUUUUGGCUCCAACCAACACCGGGAAGGUGCUCGUAUUCGAUUUACAAACUGGAGCUCUUACAGGAAUUCUGCACGAUCACGAGGAAAUCAAUCCACAAUUCAUCGAUUCAGAACUAGAAGUGCGCGAUGUGAUCUGUCAUCCAUGGAAGCCCCUGCUGUUGACGUGUGCCGAUGAUGGGUGCGUCAAGGUAUAUACUUACGAAAAUAUAGAAGAAAAACUCGAAGAUGUAAUAUUGACGGAUGUCGUAAAAGAUAUUCCCGAUGAUGAGGUAGGCAAGCUUGCAUGA